UGCGAGCCGACCACGUGACUCACGUGACUGCUAGCCGCCAAUCAGAAAGCUUAACCCGGCGUCGUGCUAAGCCAGGACUUUAUCGCUCUCGCCGCUAGGUGUGCCACCUUGUUCUUGUUGACACGGUCAACUCGCCGCUGUUUAGACAACAUGUUGACUCAAAUUGUGUGAAUUUUUGCAUUUCUUCCUUCUAAUUGAAAUGACCGACGGAAAGAUACGCGAUGCAAGUUCCGCUUGACUGCUGCGAUUUCUCAGCGACGUCGGCAAGCAUGCUGGAGGCGCUGGUCAGGUUCCUCAGCGAGGACGUCGACUUCAAAGCCGUCGUGUGUCUGGUCCUGGCCGGCGUCAGUCUCGUAAUAUCCACCGGCUUUCGACUUUACACCAAAAUAAGACCGAGAUUUCCUAUUAAGGUCAACUGCUGGUUCUGCAACUUGGACAGCAAAACGCACUUCAACAACCGAAACUCGUGGACGUGCCCAAAGUGUGAUCAAUACAACGGGUUUACACAGUCUGGAGAUUACAACAAGCCAAUGCCAGAGCAGAGCUUUGAGCAUUUAAAUCGGACUGUCCAGUCUGUCAAAUGGGAGACGUACAACCCAAGUCACAAUGGAUUAUGUAGAAAGUGCAACAUAAACCAAGAGCUGAAGGUGCAGCAGCUUGCAUCGUUUGUCCCCAUCAUCAAAGCUAACUUUGACGAAGAAAUUGAACUCUACAGGCAAAGGCUAGAAAGAGCUUAUCGUCUGUGUCCAGAAUGUGAUGUAAAACUGAACUAUAAGUUGAAUUCAGUCAAGCAGUGGAUUAAAAGUUUAUAUCCUGCAAAGCCUGCUGAGAUUGCUGAACAAGUCGUCUGGAAAACGAAUUUCCUUCCGAAGGCGUGUGUUUGCUUGCGCCUUUUAUCAACGGUGGCUGCAAUUGCACUCCUUGUUAGCUCAUUUGGUCUUGCUGUCGCUGAAGUGGACAAAAACAUAAAAUGGGCCGUGCCAUCUUUAGUGAAAUCUGGCAUGACGUUGACCCUGCCUCAGAAUGUUCUCAAUUUUGCACUAAUUUUGUUGACUGCGGUUCUCUCUGAAACUAAUUGGCUUCCUACGAAUGAACUCAUGUCAGCAAUGCUGUGGUUCUUGUCUGCCCUGAUCAACUUGGCUUUAAGCAGGAACUUCCUAAAAGAGUUUGAAAGCUACACUACUAUUUCUUAUAUAUUUUUCUCUGCUACUGCAAGUUUGGUGACAAUUCUUUCUCAUGUACUGCAUUUGACGAGGCAUUGGAAAGUUAGCCCUGCCAAAGUGAAAACGGACCCAGAACCUGUAAUGCGUCAUGAAUGUAAAAAUGAACCUGUGAAAAAUGCUGAGAGUGUCUCUGGAGCUGAUUUGAAAUUGAGCUCAAUGGAGAAAAAAGGAAAAGAUAUACCCGAGUCUCCAGUGAAACCCGUGCAAUCAAGCUUGAACCAGUUGUCGUUGGGUCCUUCUCCUCCAAAGUCGCCAUCGCCUUCCAUCUUUGAACCCAGAGUCUACCAAUGCAACCCAACAACAAGUCUCUUCAAUCCAAUGGAGGGUAGUGAAAUCCGCAGACGCAAGCCUAUUGUGCACCCACCUAAGUUCAACCCUUGGAACAACAGUUACUGGGGUUCCGUACCAAUUCCCCUUUCCCGCUCCUCCAGUCAAAGUUCGGGCUUUGCCUCUCAGAAUGGCACCAAUUACUCGAGCCUGCCCAACUCUCGCAAUGGCUCCGUGUGUGGCGACGCUGACCGCUUUUCCGUCCUCUCCGAACCCAUCUACCCGAGCGCCUCCUUCAAGCCCUUCAACCCUCAACCGUACUAUGUGCCUUGUGUGCCCCAGUUCUAUUUGCCAACAACUCCGCCACAACCCGUCCACUCUCCAGCGUCCCUCAACAGCACGCUCAGCAGCUCGAUGGACUCUUCAACAAACGAGACUGUAGCGUCUGCAGUGGCUGCCGACAAGUCCAUUUUCUCUUUGAUGAGGGAGAACUUUGGCCUGGCAAGUGUGUUCCUCUGCAGUAUUGUGUUCAACGCCGUGGUCAUUGCUUUGGCCGUGGCAAACGCGCUCAGCACACCAGCGCAUUGACUUUAUUUGACUGACUAAAUUGUCUCUAACAAGACGAAAUUGUGAAAUUAUACCAGAUUAAUGCUGGGUUAAUUGAUUGUUUUUGUUUGCUGUGAAUACGCCGAUUUGAACAUAUGGAUAGCAAAGAAGAUUUUCUUACAAAUAAAGCAGAAAGUGUAAAGGCGGAUGAUAAAAAAGGAAUUAAUUUA